AUGGCGGGUAAGAUCGCGCAAACUUUCCCCCUCUUUCCUUCUGCUAAAAGGGGCGAUCGGUCACUAUGGAGGAAGGCAGCGUGGGGACCAAGCUGACUCCGCUUUGUCUUCCCCUCCCUCCCUCCCUCCCUCGGCAUCCUCCAAAAGAUGCUCACAGCAGGAAGGAAUCUUGAUCCGCUUGAUCCCUUCCUUUCCAUUUCUGGCGAACGGCGGCGUUGCUCUCAGCCUGGACUGACAGCGCUCCCUCCCUCCCUCCUUCCCUCCCUCCCUCAUUCUCUGUCUCUCUUUGUGUGUGUUAACGUUAACCUCCUCUUGCUUGUGCACCUUGCCCCGUGUUCCUGAAACACGUUGAGGGCGAUGCUCUGCUAGGAAGGGACAGGAGCGUCACACGUGUCAUUUUUUUCACUUUCUCAUUUCUCCAAGUCUUGGCUCACCCCAUUUCCACAUACAUUUUGCAAGUCAAAGCAAAAACGGAAAAAGCCUCUGCAUGAAAGUGCAUUUCAGUGCAUGUUUCCCCCUAAUAUUUUCUGGGGUGUUGCAGCUGGUCAGGGUGGGCAGUACUGAACUGGCUGGACCAGCAAUCUGAUUCAGUAUAAUGCAGCCUACUUUUAAAAUCAGCCGUUGAUGUAGAGUCAUGAGCAGGGGCAUAGUGGGAGGGGGCAGGCCGGCUGUAGCAAACCAGCGCCACCCCCAGUAGGGAUUCCACCCUGCCUGCUGCCAGGGGUCUCAGGGCCCUGGAGCCUGGCCUGGCCUUGCCACUGCAUCCUGGGCCCCCUCACUGAAUGCCCACCCAACCAGCGUUGGUGGUGGUGGGGAUACACCCACCAAGGGCUGCGUCAGCCAGCCGGGCUAGACCAUACGCAGGCGGGCAGGCAGCGCAACAUGGCCCCAUGAACCUUCUGUGCCCCAAGCCUGCCCAGUGGCUGUGAGAGUUAGCCUGGCAUGGUGGUUUUUUUACCCUGGGGAGCUGCUGCCGGUCAAUGUAGACAGUACUGAGCUAGAGGGCCCUAUGGGUCUCGCUUUGUACAAGACAACUUCCUACGUUCCUGCACCUCAGGCCAAUUUUGGUGACCCGAUUUUCCUUGCAGAUGAGAAGCUGAAGGAAAUCCGCGCAGAGUUUGUGACCUGUGCUAACAAGUCUCUCAUCAGCCAGCUCCUAGAUAGGCUUCUCCAGGAAAGAGUCCUGAACGAGGAGGAGGUGGAUGAGGUGAAGGAGAACACGAAGAAGCAGGACCAGGCAAGGAUCUUGAUUGACCACGUGAGGAGGAAGGGGCCCAAAGCCAGCCAGAUCUUCAUCCAGGCCCUCCGGUGCCAAGACAGCUUCUUGGCUGAAGAACUGAGGCUUCAAGUCCCUCUGCCAGGUGCUUAUUUAAAUAACCAGUUUAGCAGUUCAUAGAAUUGUAGAGUUGGAAUUGUAGCGGGUCAUCUAGUCCAACCCCCUGCAAUGGAGGAAUCUUUUUGCCCACAGACAUCCCUGGGUGGGCUUGAACCACCAACCUUCUGGUUAACAACCAGACGCGUGAACCAACUGUGCCACGGAUUUCUCUCCUUGGAUUGUUUAUGCAGAUGUUUAAAUUUUAAGAACUACAGUCCAGCUAAAUUCAAUUUAAAUGCAUUGUUUAAACCAGUGGUUCCCAAACUGGGUGGCGGCGCCCCCUGGAGGGAGAGAGGAUUACCCGGGGGGCAAUAAGAGACAAGGGGGCAGCAGGGGGGAGACUAACAGACUUUGAAAAGGAUCAACCGGGUCAAGUUUACCCAUUUUGUUGAAUUAAUUAAAUAGCUUUAAUUGGAUUUUGAAUAAAUGCGCAAUUGGUGGUUACUGUUUGGCAUUUUAUUGCAUUAUUAUCUAGUGGGUCAUGUAAACUGAUGUCCUGCAUAAUGCUUUUCAUAGGGUAGGAGGCAUUGGGGAUGAGUGUAUGGAACUAAGGGGGUGGUGGUCCAAAAACAUUUGGGAGUCACUGUUUAAAUAAUAAAUAAAGUGUGACCUGAUUUAUUGAUUUGAUGAUGACAUUUAUACCUGACCCUUGAAGUCCAAAAGGCUCUUGGAGUCGCUUCCAAGGUCCCAAUUGAAAAAGGCAUGAUGCAUGAGGAAAACGAGAGGAGGAGGGAGGAGGGGAAGAGCAACCUCACGCACAAGUUCAUAAACCUGCAGUUCAUGCAGCUGGUGCCACUGGCAGUUCUGGUUCUCUUGCCUUGGAUAAAGGCCAGACAUUCCCCCUUACAGCCACCCUCAAGUCCCUUCUCUGCCCCAAUUUUCUUAAUGAGUCUGGCCAGUUUUGGGGUGGGGGAAACCAAUGAUCAAUGUGGAAAGGAAACCUCAGCACAAGUGACAUUUCCUUGUGGUCUUUUCUGUAUAGCUACUCGCUCUUAGGAAUGCACCUCUACCUGUUGAACUAUCCAGUCCCAGUCACACGAAAUGCAGCCGUCUUCCCUAUUUCAGUUGCUUGUGACACAUCGUCUCAUCCUAUGGGUACUCCCUUUUAUUCCCCCCCCCACAGAUGGGAGGCAGGAAGCAGCUCUGCAUUCCCCCCCCCAAAAAAAAACUCUCUAGUCUCACUGACAGGAAGAGGUCUUUGGUAGAAAAUAAACCUUGGGAAAUCAGCCUGGUGUUUAAGAGUGGGGGUGGUGGUACUCAGACUGGACGUAAAAAAGCUUGCUAUCUUUCUCCGUGCAUGCACGCGCACCCGCGCACGCACACACACACACGUUUGGAACCAAAAACCAGGUAAUGUCACACCAAAAAUCGUGUUGUGGUCCACCAUCUUGAUCCAAACGUUUACAAAAACCACCUAGCUCCCACCUCAGGAGCUCUGAUGUAGAGUUUGAUGGCAAUAUCUUGAGAGGGGGCCAAAUCCAUAGAGAACAGAUGGCCAAAUAGACAAGCCACUUAAAAAUGUAUAUAGUAGAUUAUUAUUAUUAUCACUAUUACUAUAAUCUAUAUUAUUAUAACUAUUAUUGCAUUCUGUUCUCCUUCCAAAAGGAGCCAAAUGAUGUAACCAAAUUCAGAAUAUUUACAGAUACUUUCUGUGAUCCUCAACAGCAUCCAAAGGUUUAACCCGGUACCCAAAUUUCUCUUGUCCCCAGAGCAACAGGCUCAUUUGCCACACCAGGAAGUCGGCCCAAGGGCUGCCGCCUCAGCAAAAGCAGCCCAGCUGCAGGAGACCAGCGAUGGGCUCACGCUUUGCCCCCUGGAACGCUUUCAGAAAAUACAAGCUGAGGAAAAGGAUGAGGUGAGGAAGGACCAAGUGCGCAGUCACAAUGAGGUGUGGGCAGACCUGGCUAAAUCCAGGUGCCAUUUCACUCCCUGCGCUCUUGCUGAAGGUGAGGGUUGUGGGUUGGGGGACUCAGGCCAGAGAGCUGAAUGCGGCCCUCGAGGCCUCAGACUCUCCCCAGGCCCCUCCUCUCACCAGCCCUGCUCUGUGCCCCUCUUGAGUGCUUUGGCCUAGCUAGAAGUGUGAUCAGGCUCCUUAACCCAGAUUUCAGUGAGCCUGACUUUUCUUCCCUGGCAGAUCUACCCGAUCAAGGACAAAGAGACACGCACCCGACUGGCCUUGGUCAUCUGCAACAUUGAUUUUGAGCACUGUAGCAAAAGGGAAGGAGCCGAGGUGGAUCUGGCCCAGAUGAAGCUUCUCCUGGAAGGACUGGGAUACAGAGUGGAAACCGAGACCAACUUAUGCUCACAAGUAGGUGGUUGUGGUGGUGGGGAGUUUUCCAAGGCGCUUUCAGUUUCCAAGGCGCUUUCAGGUUUCAUUUCCCUUUAGCCAUCAAACUUCCUUCCUGGAAACUCCCUGACAUUCCUGCUCAAAACAGCCUCCAAAACAGAACCCAAACAUUUUGUAACAACCAAAUAGCACAGCAGUUUCGUUCCUACACACACAGAGACACAAACCCUGAGGCCCGACGGAGUCAGAAACCUUGUGGUGAUACGCAGAGCAGCCAGAACUGAGAUGCAGAAAAAGCUUUGUAAUACAGUGGAACCUUGGUUUUCAAGCGUUUCGGAACCCGAAUGCCGAAAACCCGGAAGUGAUUCCUUCUGUUUUCGAAUGUGCCUCAGAAGUCGAAUGGCUUCCGAGGUGUGUUUCUCCAUUGUUUCAAUGGAUUUUGCUGACCGCCCAUUGAUCCUCGGUUUUCGAACAUUUCAGAAGUUGAACAGUCUUCCGGAAUGGAUUACGAUCGAAAACCAAGGUUCCACUGUAUAUAUUCUAUUAAUAUAUUCUAGUAUGUCACAGAGCUGGAAAGUACCUUAGAUACCACUCAGUCCAACCCCCUGUUCAAUGCAGGAUAAACAUAGUAGAAUAAGCACAUUAGGUUCCCUGUGCUUAAAUCCUGGCAGUGUGGUGUAGUGGUUAGAGUGUUGGACCUGGGGGAGAACCAGGGUUCAAAUCCCCAUUUGGCCUUGUAGCUCACUGGGUGACCUUAGGGGUCAGUCACUGCUCCUCAGCCUAAUCUGCCUCGCAGGGUUGUUGUGAGGAUAAAAUGGGGGCAUGUGUGCCGCUUUGAACUCUUUGGAGGAAAGGGGGGGGGAGAGAUAUAGAAAACAUACAAAUAAAGGAAUAAAUUUUCAAUCCCACCUUUACUUCAGACAUAAGGCAGGGAUGAUCAGUGUGGUGCAUUAAAGAUAUUAUCUCACUCCCAACUGCUGAGAGUUGGAGCCAAGCAAAUCUGCAAGGCAGCCUUGGUCACUUCCCUGGACAUGGGGGGGGGGUUCAGGGAGUAGAAGCUGCCCCUCUUCUUCCCUUUUAGCUAAGAAAGCUGCCCUUUUGCUGCCGACCCAACACCCCCUUCUCUCUGCUUGCAGGACAUGGCCGAGCGCUUAAAGAGCUUCGCAGCCCAGGAGGAACACAAGACCUCCGACAGCACCUUUCUGGUGCUUAUGUCUCACGGCCUCCGGGAAGGCCUGUGUGGGGUGAAGAAUGAGGACUCGUGCCCAGAUAUCCUCUCCGUGGACACUGUCUUCUCCACCUUCAACAACAAGAACUGCCCGGCUCUGAGGGGGAAGCCCAAGGUCAUCGUCAUCCAGGCCUGCCGUGGCGGUACGUGGUGGGUGUUGAACCCGGGAUUCCCUCCGCCUGCCUGGGAUGUGGUGCAAGGUACCUCUGUGGUUAAGCAGGAAGUAGUGGUGGUCUUUGGGACUGGUUGGGUGGAAGGUAGGGAGCCCAACAGUAGGGGGAGCCAGAGGCAAUAAUGAGCAGAGCCAAUCCCUGAUUGGUGGCCAGGAGGAAGGUGGUUGGCUGAGGGCAGCCUGGGGUUGAUGGGACAGCAGCAUGUUUUCUCUAGCAGACCAAUUCUGUUGGGGGGCACUGGCUGUUUUAUUGGGUCCUGGUCAACAGGAUCAAAAGAAUUGCCCCUGAAGUAGUCAGUUUCUGUUUCCACAUGCAGUAAUGUGGGGAGUGGGGGCCUGUAUUAACUGGAUUUAAUUAAUUUCUAGAAUAAAUAGCACCAUUUCAGGAAAAUUAAUGUAAGGAAGCCAUUCUGAAUCUCCCCUCCCCUCCUGUAAUAGGGAAGAGUAGAUGGAUUCCGGGGCAAUUCCUCACAUGUCUCUCUGGUCUCACUGAAUGGUUGCCAAUAAAAGGCGCAAAACCAGCAAGCAGGCAGCUUUUUAUUAAAGGCACAGCAGCCCUUCAGGACCUUAGCAGUGCUCCAUGCUGCACAAGCCAACCCCGCAAUUGCAUUCUGUCACAAAUAAACUGCUCACAGGCCCGGUCUGCCCAUGAGGCGAGAUGAAAUGGCUGCCUUGGGUGGCAGGAUCCACAGGGACAGCUGAUCUGGCCUCCAGGGAAUGUAUCGUCCACUGCUGCUGUUGCAGUGCGCCAAGGACAGUUGCAGCCGGCUCCUUGGAGAGUGGGUCUGCCCCCUUCCUUGGCAGCACCCCCAUGCCACCUCCACAGCAGCCUUUUGGUAAAUAGGAGGCACUGCUGUUCUCCUCCCGCUCUCUGUUCCUGACGUAGAUCUUCACUCCCCCCCUUUUUUUCCUGGUGGGGAGAGCACCGUUUUGUGGUUCGCCUCAGAGCACCAGGUCUGGAAAGAAGUUGGGGUUUGGUCAGAUCAUGGAAAACACUGGGAGAUGACCUCAGGAUUCCCUAUGAAAUUUGAGCAACAGGUGAUGGUGAUUCCAGAAAAGAGGAGUACUGUAGAGUCCUGACAGAGGCUCUUUCCUUUUGUUUCCUCAGUGAAUAAAGGAUUUGCAUAUGUGAGCGACUCAGCAACACCUUCGGCCGCCCCCCUCAGCCCUGUCCAGUGGCAGGAAGAAGACUUUGAGAGCGAUGCCAUUCACAAAGUACACGUGGAAAGCGACUUCAUCUGCCUCUAUUCCACAACCCCAGGCAAGCGGCUCUUGUGGUCUUGUUUUUUAGUUUCAUAAAUACACUGUUUGAUUGAAAAACACCAUCACCUCUCACAGAGGUUUGCAAAGAAUACAAAACAAUACAAUUACCAAGAAGAAAAAUUAAGAACAAUAACUUAAAUGCUUUUGAAGAGUUAAAAUAACAAAUAGACUAAAAACAGCUGAAGCCCCGCAUCAGCUUACUAAACACCUGGGUAGAUUUGUCUAAACAAAAAUGUUUUUACCGGGUGCUGAAAAGAGUACAGUGAUUAUCAAGAGGCAGGGAGUUCCAAAGUGGAGGUGCUGCCAUACUAAAAUAUCAACUUUUUACAAAGGGAAAACAAGUAUUAUGUAGCACUUCUCUAACAGUGCCAGUUCCAUCGAUCAAAGCAGUGGAGUGGGCAGAUAAUGGGGUAAGGUGAUUUUGUAGGUAAACUGGUCGCAAGUUAUCAUCUGGCCCUGUUCAUUGGCAACUGGAUAAGCUGCCCUGGUCAGCCUCAGAUGCUGUGUUAGCAUUGGCCGCCCAGAGUUGCCGGCUGACAACUCUUAGAAAAAUGAGGAACUAAGAUAAACCAACAGUUCAGAAAUUCAUUUAGCCCUAAGCGUCAUAUGUUCAUGUUUCCUCAACAGAUAAUGUAUCCUGGAGAAGCCCCCAAACUGGAUCUCUCUUCAUCACGCAGCUGAUCAAAGAUAUCAAGAAACAUGCCUGGAACUGCAACCUGGAAGAGAUCUUCAGAAAGGUACGCCCUCCCUCCUAAGGCCGUGUCCUGCUCUGACCCCAGGCGAGGCAAAGCUCCCUUCUGCAGGGCUCAAGCCGGAGAGCAAAGCUCUGAUGUUGCUUCCGCCUUUCUUAAUUCUUAUUUUUCAGCCAGCCUUAAUUAAUUCUUAUUUAAGGUAAAGGUAAAGGUACCCCUGCCCGUACGGGCUAGUCGUGUCCGACUCUGGGGUUGCGCGCCCAUCUCGCUUAAGAGGCCAGGGGCCAGCGCUGUCUGAAGACACUUCCAGGUCACGUGGCCAGCGUGACAAGCUGCAUCUGGCGAGCCAGCGCUGCACACGGAAACGCCGUUUACCUUCCCGCUAGUAAGCGGUCCCUAUUUAUCUACUUGCACCCGGGGGUGCUUUCGAACUGCUAGGUUGGCAGGCGCUGGGACCGAGCAACGGGAGCGCACCCCGCCGCAGGGAUUCGAACCGCCGACCUGACGAUCGGCAAGUCCUAGGCGCUGAGGUUUUACCCACAGCGCCACCCGCGUCCCCAAUUCUUAUUUAAUGUAAAAUAAAUAAACUAGUCUUUUUGCAAGAGUGCAUGGAAGUUCUAGGAGCUAGUCCUUUCUCCAGCUGGACAGGGAUACUAUUUUUUCCCCCUUUUCAUUUAAAAAAAAUUUUUUUUUGAGGAAUGACCUGCUGUGAACUCUUUCUUCCUCUUCAUUGCAGGUCAUGCAGUCCUUUGAAAAAAACCCAUGCCAGAUGCCCUCCAAGGAUCGAACCACCCUGACCAAAAAGCUCUACCUUUUCCCGGGGCACUAA